GUCGAGGCUUGUUACAGCGCCGGGCUAACUGCCAGUCGAUUCGUCCUUGUACACAUGUGUGAUUUCCUGUUAUUGCCGUUCCUGACCUACGCAUAGACCUGCGUGAUUUUUUUCUUCUUGUCGCUCGUAAUCAGCAUUACCGACGAAAGCAUGAACGAGGUAGAGGAGACGGGGCAGCAGGCGCAGAGGCCGAACAAUGUUUACGAAAUGGUGAUCGAGCCGUCCAUUCCCGAGGCGGUCUAUUCCGCUGACAGUUGGGAGGAUGAGGAUGUCAACGCUAAGAACGAGAGUGUCAGUGACGACAGCAAGAAUGGCUCGUUCAACGAGGCCACGCUCAGUUUGUUGCAAAAGCUGUACGAGAUCAACGACGAUCCCAAGAGGAAGGAGUUCCUGGACGAUCUGUUUAGCUUCAUGCAGAAACGAGGCACACCGAUCAACCGAUUGCCGAUAAUGGCCAAGUCGGUGCUGGACUUGUACGAGCUUUAUAACCUAGUGAUAGCGCGAGGCGGCCUUGUUGACGUCAUCAAUAAGAAACUCUGGCAGGAAAUCAUCAAAGGCCUCCACCUACCGUCCAGUAUAACUUCAGCGGCCUUCACGCUGCGCACUCAGUACAUGAAAUACCUGUAUCCGUACGAGUGCGAGAAGAAGCGCCUGUCGACGCCGGCCGAGCUCCAGGCCGCUAUCGAUGGUAACCGGCGUGAGGGUCGACGCAGCAAUUAUACUGGGGGUUACGGCAGCGGAGGCAGUGGUGCCGCCGAGUCCAGCAUGGUGCAGCGCAGUCCGCACACGCCCAGCUCGAUGCACGUCUCACCGCUGUCGCUGGUGUCGGCCGUGCAGCAGGUGGCAGCGGUCGCCGGCGGCCAGCACCCGGUCAACCCGCAGAACCUCGUCAACGGCAGCGCGGCUCACACACCCUUGCCUCACCAUCCGCACCACCCGCAGAGCCUGCAGGCCAGCCUCGGACAGCCGCAGAACGCCGCUCGGCGUCGAGAGUCGUCGGAGAUUAGCGAGCACCGACUGCUCUCGGCGGCGAUCGAAGCGGGCCUCGCGAACAAUAGCGACUUGUCCGUUCCAGGCGUGGCGCCGGAUUUCGAGGUGCGCAUGGCCGAGUACGUGAAGCAUCUACAGCGCGAGAUGGACGCGAGGCGACGCGCCGUCGUCUCGCCGACGAGCGCGCUGCUGGCCCAGCAGCAGCACCGCCCGGGCAGCACGUCGCCACCCACGGAGGCGACGUCGCGCGAGGCGCUGCUCGAGAUGUCGCGGCUCACGCUCUGGAACAUGUACAACAACAACAUGCAUCCCGCCAUCAACUACGCCCACAACAUCUCACCGCAUGACAGCCCGCACUCGCCGACCGCCCAACCCGCCAGUCCCGAGCCACAGAAGGAGGCCCUCGACCUCGGGCUCAGGUCCUCGCCGAGCACAUCGUCGCCGCCCAAUCGCCAGAGUCCGCCCUCGUCGUCGGGAGGCAGCGUGGCCGUGAAGCGCGAAAUCGAGCGCAGCGACUCGCAGCCCGAGCAGUCGACGAACAAGAGGUUGUGUCUGGACGAGGACGCCGCCGCCGAGAACCAGGCGGCCGCGCUGCCCGGCACACACAUCAAGAUCUCCAACCGAGGUGAUGGUCGUGAUAAUUCGAUGGUAGUCAGUAUGGAGAUCAACGGCGUGAUGUACCAGGGCGUGCUGUUCGCCCAAGCGGAAGCCGGCGCGUCGGGCAACAAUAGCGAAUCCAAGACGUCGUCGCGCCAGGUCACUUCGUGAAUAAUCACUCGGACAUUCGAUGACAACUAUUAUAUAUAUACAUAUGAAAUAUGCGUUUAAGCGUCUGCGUUGCUUCUUCCCUUCUCUACACGUGUCUGUUCGAGCUGCUCAGCGGGAGCGUUUGUAUAAGUUUACGCUUAUCUGCAUCAAUGUUAUUUAUACAAAUACCCUACUGUAUUUCUAUAAAUAAUAUUGUUCCGAUAAAUACUAAAAGGGAUGUUAAUUAAGAUCGUUUUAGUGCGUACGAUGAUUCCUGUGUGCAAUGGAAGACAGAACGUUAUUUUGUCGAUUUUUAGAUUAUACAUACUUUCUUUUUAAGCUAUCUUUAUUUUUUUGUAAAUUCUAAGACCCUUUUUUCUUAUUUUUACGCUCUCUCUCUCACUCUCUCUCUCUCCCUCUCUCUCUUUAUUGCAUCACCUUCUGUUUUUAUCGAAUGUAUAUACCUGCAUACAUUACUUUCUGUUUAUCUUCACUUUCAAGUAUGUACGCUCGAUUUUUCUCAAAUUUUAUCUACAUGGAAUCAUAUUUUACAGUCGCUAUUUAUUAUUUUUUAAUUGUUUCUGCGCAAUAUUAACAGUGAAGAGUAAUUUUAUGUAUAUAUAUAUAUGAAAAGUUUUAUUUGAUUUUUACAAAACAUUUUUUACUAAACAAUCUAUUUUACGUUUUCUUUGUAUCGAAUGAAUUUUUGUUGAUGACUACCAAUUCUGCUGGAACUUAGGAAAAUUUACGUUCAAUCGAGCAAUCAGCAGAUGGAAAAAACAUAUACAAGAGCAAAAAUCAUUUAGCAUUACAUCGUAACGUCCAGUCAGUCAUAAACUAUUCUCUUUCUUUCACUUAUCAACUAAUAAAUUCGUUCAAGUUACUUAAUCAAAACGUUUUAAUUUAUUUAUUGUGUCGAAGCUUACUUUUGUGUAUUUCAUUAAGUUUCGAUGAUCUUUAUACUAUAAGACUAUAGAUAGCAUAGGACCUAAUGUAAAAUAAAAGCUUGAAGAGCGUUACGCCAGCUCUUAACGUCAGCUUAAUUACAGAUUUUAUAAGCAUUUUAUUAAUAUUUUUACAUGUACAUUCGUUAUACUUUUUACGACCAAUAACAUAAUAUUAAUUUUUUGUAAGUCAUCUAAGAAUUUCUGAAGCUGACAUGUAUUUUAAUGUUUAUUUGAUUGAUUACUAGUGUUAUUUUAAUAAAUCUAGCUUUGAGCAUUUUCAAUUGAAGUGAGCCAAUUAACGUUUUUUUACGUUUCCUUUAUGAGGUAGUGAUCUUGAUUCAUAACUAGUUCGCAUAUCAGUUUGGCGUCCCUGACAAAAUUUUAGAUAAUGUAUGUAAUUUUUCAAUUCUCAAAUAUGUCGUCCAUGACCAGGCCCAUCAAUCAAUUCAUUUUUAUUUAUCGGCGUAAACCGGAUAUGAUUAAUUUUAUGAAAAAAAAUAAUAAAAAUACAAAAAAAAUUAAAAAAGAAAACGAAAAAAAAAAUUUUAAACUAAAUCUACUCAGGGUCGCUUAGUUUAGCUCUUAUUCUUAAGUUUGUACAUAUUGUUCUAUAAAGAUUAAUUCGUAAGAAGGAACACAAGUGAUCUGAUGAGAAUCUGUGAGUGUAUGUUGAACGCAUAUGAAGAUACAAUUUUCAAGUCUUUGAAAGUUUCUUAUCUGACCGUAGUACAUUGUGGAGAUAUUUGGAUUGUAGAUUUUUCUUUAAUUGAUUUAAAUGAUUGCAGAUUUGCUUUCGGGUAGUUGAAAUUUUAUUUGAGCUUUAAAUGUAAUUAAAGAAUGUGUAUAUUGUCUACAAUCUUCGAAUAUUUAAAAAUAAUUAAGUACGAGCAAAUUUUAAGUACAUUUCUUUUCAUGAAAAGAAAUGUUCAAACCUCCGGCUCUACGUACUUAAUAUUAGAACAAUCGUACUAUUGUAAACUAUGUGUAAACAUGAAUUUUAAUCAAAUGUGUAUUAAAAAGCAAUCAUCAAAUUUCUUUUUAAAUUAAUUAUUAACUGAGUGCAAUCGAUUAUUAAGUUAAUAAUUCAAACAUUUGUUGACAUUUUUUGUAUUAUCAAAAAAAGUUUUAUUCAACUUAUGUAAAAGUGUAUCACUGAUGAUUGUGAUAAUCAGUUUUAUAAUCACUGAUUGAAAUUCACGUAAAAAAUACAUUUUUCGUUGAAUUAUUAAUACUGUUGAUUUGAUCUAGGCGUUCUUACCGCGUGAGAUAAGAUUAAAAAUAAACACCUUCCAAAAAAGAUAUAAACAAUGUAAGAACAAAUUAUUAAGUUGAAUUUAGACGAAGGUAACGCUAUGUACGCGGACUUCAUAAAAUGUUUAUAGCAUUUCAAAUCACAUAUAUGAGAAAAGACAUAUUACAAUAAUAAAACGAGCGACUGAUUUUUGCUCAUAGUCUUUAGAAUAUACCACACAUAAACACUUUAUGGUGUUAGGAAUAUGACGAACUAAAUACCGAACAGUAAAAGUCCAAAGAAAUGGAAAGGAACUUUCACGAAUUUUCCAUGUAUGUUAUGAAAAAAAAAAAAAAAAUCGAUAUUAUAACGGGAAAAGGCACAUCAGAUGAAAAAACAAAUCUGCAUUGUUUAUAGUUUGAGGAUUAGCCAAAAAAGACUGUUAUAUAGGAUAAUUAUUCUAGAAAUUUUUUUCUUAUUACGAUCUAACUGUUGAAGGUACUUCUAUCAUGUCAUUUCUUACAAGAAAUCAUUUUGCUUAAUACUUAAGUACUAGCAAUAAAGAUUACCAUCUAUAGAGCAAUUUUCAUUCCGCCAGCUUAUGGAUUAUGCGAAAGAUCUUUCUAAUCAAAACUUUAUUGUAAGAAUCAAGAAAAAAGUGGAGUAUAAGUUAUAAUAAGUAAAUAUUCAAGUGUUUAGGCUCGUGAAAGAGUACAAAAACAAUUCAUUAACAAAAGAAUACUAUCGUUCUUGAAUUAGAUUAAUUUUGAGUUUUUUUAAAUAUUGAUGAAUUUUGUUAAAAGAAAAAAAAGAAAAAAACGUGUCCUUUAAUUCAUUCGAUUCAUUAUCUAAUAAAAUUUUCUGUUUAGUGUUGAAAAUAAGAAAUAAAAGUUGUGUUUAUAUUCUUACAAAUAUUUGCGAAACAUAAAAAUGAAUGGGCACGUCAAAUUGUUCCUUAAUGAAUUUCGUUUCGACGUAUAUCAAAAGCUCACUGUGACACAUGAUACUUGCAUAUCCACAUAUGUAUCAAUAUAAAACUGUAGGUGUAAAGUAUGUACGAAUCUGUCACACUCGAUUGCGAUUCGGCAAAAAGCUCGUGAGGCAUUCGUUAACUGUUAAAGCCACCAUAUACGCGAGUGUCGGUCGGCUAUUAAUUAAAAUAUCAGAUAUAUUAUGAAAAUGAAUAUAUGAUUAUUAUUUUUUAAUUAUGUAGUGACUGCACCGUAAAGUUACAUCGCAUAUUGUAUUGAUGGAUGUGUAUAUAUAUGACGUCGAUUGACGAUAAAACUAAUAAUUAAUAAUAGUAGCAAUACGUCACCCAUGAUUAUUGAUUAUAUAGUAGACUCCUUAAAAAUAGCAGCUUAAUAUUUCUCUGUAAAUCUAUGUACGUGCUCCACGAUCAUUAAUAAAU